AGAUUUAUAUGUUUAAAUGUGUAUUUGUGCUAACUGUGUAAUUAGAUAGGAACCUUUUCUAUAGUUCCGUUUGUUGUUGCUAAGAGGGUAUUUUUUGGCUGUCACACUCAGCAAGCUAAUUAAGAGAUGAGCCACGAGGUUUGCACGUCUACAGUAAGAAAGUUGUAAAAGAGUGCCUUUUUUUGGACUACCCCACGACGUAAGGAUUAAAGUUUUUAUUCCCUUUGAGUGAGGCCAAUGAGUUCUGACGGCAUUGUAUCGGCUGUGGUUGGACAUCAUUACAUGUUAAGGCAUGUCGAAGAAUCCUCCUGUCCGAAAUAAAUGUCAGUUUAAAAGCAAAGAACAAGUUGAGCUUUAUUAAGACUCGAGGGGAGUAACAGUCAGAACUCAGCCUGCUUCGUGCUGGAGGAGAGAGAAGGAGAAAGAGGUCUGCCGCAGCGGAGCCGGGCCGACAGCCGAGCGCAGCGGAGCCGAGAGGGAGCGGAGCUGAGCCGACAGCGAGCUGGGUCACGUGGUUAAGCUCGCGUCUCUCUCAAGCAUCAAAGACACCCAAACACACACACAGACAUCCCAUAAGGCAACCAGAGUCCAGUGGUGCAGCUUGCUUAAGCUACAAAUAAGUAACACGUUUAUACAAGUUAAAUGUGGAGAGUAGAUUUCCUUAGCUCAUCUUAAAGGGACUCUGUCAAGCAAUGAAAGGGGAAGUGUGGUGGGUUUGGAGUAAAAGUUUAAGUUCAUGUUAUUAGUUGUUUAUACUAAAUAACUGCAAUUAAGGUACGUUUAAGUUGAUUAUAAGGGUUUUUGCUUGUUUUUAAGACUGCAUUAGAUAUUUAAAGGUCACAUUAUAGUAUUUUGUUUGACAUUGAAGGUUAUUUUCUGUUUAACUACAAGCGAAAAACAAUUUAUUAUUUUGGUUUAAGUGAUGGUGACAUAUAUUUAAGUUGACUCUUUAAAGUAAAGCAAUUUAAGUUCCUAGGUGCUUCAUAAGGUGACUAUUCACGUAUUUAAGUGGACCUAGGUGACUUGAGUGUAGUAUAACACCUUUGACUGUCUGUGACAUGGAGCAAGAAGGCUGUGACACUGAAGCUGUGGAGCAGCAAGAAGCUUUUGAAGAGCAAGAAAGUUUGCAAGAACCAUGCACAAGUAAAGCUACUAAAGAAGGAAGUUUGAGGAAAAGUCAAAGAGUUAAGAAGUUCACUGAAAGGGGCCAAGCACUACAUGAUGAAAAGGUGAACAAGCUUCAAGCUCGCUUUAAAGUCAGUUAUGAAAGGUGGAAAGUUGUUGCAAAACAAGGCAAAAAGGCACUUGAAGAACCUGUUAGUGCAAAACUUAAAGAGCUUAUUGACCGAGUUGAACAUACCUCGGCAGAAGUGAAACAAGUUUAUGAUGAACUGCGCAAUCAUGAAACUCCUGAUGCAGACACUCGCCGCAGAGUGGACACCUGUGAUGCGGUUUCUCAGAAGAUGAUAAGGCUAGCUCAAGAAAAAUUAGCAGCAGAAGAAGACGAAAAACUUUCUGAGAGAUUAGUUCACUGGAGUGAUAUAGGAUCAGCAUUCAAUUCUGCAACCUCUCAAAGAUCCAAGAGUUCAAAUAGCAGGCAAUCAAGAUGCUCAAGUAAGUUGUCUGUAAAGAGGCAAGAAGCAGCUGCAGAGCUUGCAGCUACUGAAGCGACUCCGAAGAUUAUGGAGGAAAUGGAAAGUGAAAGAAAGGCACUUGAAAUCCUUGAAGCAGAGAAUGCUGAGAAACAGAAGGCCUUAGAGCAAAAGCGAAGAGAGCUUGAAAGGCUAGAAACAGUAAAGAGAAUGAAUGCUGCUAAAGCACGUCUGAAAGUGUACAAUGAAGAAGGAAACUCAGAUGAAGAAAUAUCAGAUCUUCUGCACGAAAGGAGUAAACGGAGAAAUGCCACAUCCAAACCGAUGAAUCAGUUUGCACAUUCGCAACUUAAUACAAAUGCAGAGCCGUUUGAUAUGCCACAAGCCACGUCAAGGUCACAACCAAGAGAAAGCAAACAGGAAGAUAGUACCACAACAUUGGCCCAAGCUCUAGCUGAAUCCAUUCACAUAAGUCGCCUACCAGUACCAGAACCUACAGUCUUCAACGGAGAUCCUCUCAAGUACAAGGAUUGGAAAUUGUCGUUUCAAAUGCUGAUAGACAGAAAGAACAUCCCAGUGAAUGAAAAGAUUUACUAUCUUCGCAAGUAUGUUGGAGGACCGGCGAGAAAGGCUGUUGAGAGUUAUUUUCUGUCGGGAACAGAGCUUGCUUAUUACUCAGCAUGGAACACUUUGGAGGAAAGAUACGGAAGUUCAUUUGUAAUCACCAAAGCUUUCAGAGAUAAGUUGACAUCAUGGCCAAGGGUUGGUAACAAGGAUAGCGUUGAACUUCGAGAAUUUUCAGAUUUUCUCAGAGGAUGUGAAGCGGCCAUGCUUCAGGUUAAAGGUCUUGAAGUUUUGAAUGACUGCAAUGAGAAUCAGAGAAUGCUAAGCAAGCUACCUGAUUGGUUGUCAGCAAGAUGGAAUCGAAAGGUCAUUGAAAUUGAAGAGCAAGAUGGUUCUUUCCCAACAUUUAGCCACUUUGUUGACUUCAUUGCGAGAGAGGCCAAGAUUGCGUGCAAUCCAGUAACAUCGCUUCAUGCACUCAAAGCAGGUGACUCAGAGAAAACGAAAUCUUCCAAGACAAGAAGUGUUGGAGCAAAGGUGCUAGUGAGUGCUGCAGAAGAGACGUCCAACACAAAACAAUGUGUGUUUUGUGAAAACUCAAAUCAUAGCAUUCACACAUGUAGGAAGUUUAUGGACAAGGUCUUGAGUGAAAGAGUCAAGUUUGUGCAAACCAAGGGACUGUGCUUUGGAUGUCUAGGCUUUGGACACCAAUCAAAGAAAUGUGAAAAGAGAAAGAUGUGUGACACAUGUAAAGGGAAACACCCGACAUGUUUGCAUGAAGAACGAGACAAAUCCUCAAGGAAAAGGAAAGAAAAGGAAAGUGACAAGGAACCACAAAUGAAAGAGAUGGAAGACAAUAAAGAGAGUAGAGAAACCAAACCCAAGGAAGCACGAAGUGAAGCAAUAUCAAACCGUGUGAUUCAAAGUGACAGAAGUAAUCUCACGUCUACAAUCAUUCCAGUUUGGUUAUCCACAACAAGCAAUCCUGAACAUGAGAUUCUUCUCUAUGCUCUUCUUGAUAGCCAAAGUGACACGACAUUCGUCUUGAAAGAAAAGGCAGAUGCUCUGGAUGCAGAGAAGAAAGGUGUGCAGUUAAAGCUCUCGACAGUGUCUUCUAAAGAUACUUUAGUACCAAGUCAAAGGUUGUCCGGAUUACAGGUCAGAGGUUUCUAUUCUUCAAGGAGAAUUCCUCUUCCUGUGACAUACACAAGAGAGUUUAUUCCUGCGAAUUUGAGUCAUAUUCCCACACCAAGGACAGCAAGAGCGUGGCCACACUUAGAGCACCUGGCUGAAGAAAUUGCUCCACUGAUUGAAUGUGAAGUAGGCCUGCUCAUUGGUUACAAUUGCUCACAAGUGUUGGUACCCAGAGAAGUUGUGGCAGGAAAAGAUAAUGAACCUUUUGCCCAAAGAACAGACCUUGGCUGGACAAUAGUUGGAGGAACUAAUCCAUGUGUUGACUAUGGGGAUGCCAUAGGAUGUAGCCACAAAAUCAUUGUCAAGGAAGUGAUACCCAAUCAGUCAGCUGAACAGUUGGUCAAAGAAGUGCAAUACAUCUGUCGCACACAAGUCAAAGAGGUGGUCACAUCUGCAGAUGUAAUUAAAGUGCUCGAGUCCGACUUCAAUGAAAGAAAGGUGGAAGACUCACACUUCUCACAAGAAGAUUUAAGGUUCAUCUCCAUAAUGGAAGAAGGAGUGAGGAUGAAAGCAGAUGGACACUGUGAGUUACCUUUGCCAUUUAAAGAAGACAGACCAAGUCUGGCAAACAACCGGAGCUGCGCAGAACACAGACUCAAAUAUUUGAAGAGAAGAUUUGAGAAGGAAAAACAAUACCACAAAGACUACACAGAGUUCAUGAGAGAGACUAUAGAGCGUGGUGAUGCAGAAAGAGUUCCCUCUGUAGACCUGGACAAAGGCCCUGCCUGGUACAUUCCACACCAUGGAGUGUAUCAUCCACAAAAGCCUGGCAAAAUAAGAGUGGUGUUUGAUUGUUCAGCGAAGUACGAAGGAGCGUCCUUGAACGACUACCUGCUUACAGGGCCAGAGUUAACCAACUCUCUGGUGGGGGUCCUGUGUCGAUUUCGGAAAGGUCCAGUCGCAGUGAUGUGCGACAUUGAGCGCAUGUUUCAUCAAUUCAGAGUCAGAGAAGAAGAUCAAGAUUACUUUCGCUUCUUGUGGUGGGACAAUGGAGACUUCAACUCUACUCCAUCUGUCUAUCGCAUGCGCGUACACCUGUUUGGAGCUGCUUCUUCCCCUGCCUGUGCGAACUUUGGUCUCAAGUAUAUUGCUGCACAAGGUCAAGGCAAGUUCAGUGAAGCUACCAUAAGGUUCAUUGAGCGAAAUUUUUAUGUGGACGAUGGUCUUAUCAGUUUCCACUCAGAAGAAGAGGCAAUUCGUUUGGUGAAGGAAGCAAAGGAACUUUGCAGCACAGGAGGCUUGCGACUUCACAAGUUCGUUUCAAACGGUAAGCAAGUGCUUAAUUCACUGCUGGAAGAAGAUUGUGCAGAAACAGUAAGAAAAGACUUGUCACUGGGCGAGCAACAAAUUGAAAGAGCCCUAGGUGUCAAAUGGUGCAUCGACUCGGAUCAUUUCCAGUUUCGAGUAGUUGUGAACGAGCAGCCACUUUCCAGAAGAGGGGUGUUGGCCACGGUAGCCUCUAUUUACGAUCCACUUGGCUUUGUGGCGCCUUUUGUUCUACUUGGGAAGCAGAUACUACAGCAGAUGUGUCGUGAGAAAGCAGAUUGGGACGAACCACUCACAAGCAAUCUGAAGUCACGGUGGGAGUCCUGGUUGUUGGAUCUAAAAAAUCUAGCAGAUGUCAAAAUUGACAGAUGUUACGUGCCAAGAGAUUUUCAAACAGUUCAGAAGUACGAGCUUCACCAUUUCUCAGACGCAAGUGUUUCAGGGUAUGGUGUUUGA